AUGUUCUUUUUUUUUAAAGUAUUUUGUCUCGCUGAUAGAGAAAUAAUCAUAACGAAUCCUCGAACUGUUAUAAUCCGGCUUUCUUAUCUCUAUUCACGGGAACUAAAACCCUCACUCACUGUAAGGGGCCGGGAGAUUUCAUUAGACGAACUGAUUUGUCUAUCGUUGUUUUCCGGUAUAUCUUUCUGUUUGUCUCUCUGCCUCUUUGUUUCUCUCUGUGUCUUUCCUCUUUCUCUUUAUCUUCGUUCAGUUGCCCUCUUGAAUUGGGCGGCUUUAGUAAUAAAUUAUACACUCUGCUCCCACUCUCUAUCCUUUCUUCUCUUUUUCUCCGCUCUCUCCCACUAUCUAUCUAUCUAUCUAUCUAUCUAUCUAUCUAUCUAUCUAUCUAUCUCUGUCUCUCUAUCUUUUUUUUGCCUGCAUGUUUCAUAUGAAUCUUCUUUUUCCCUUCCCUCUCUCUCUUUAUCUCUCUCUCUCUCUCUAUCACUUUCUGUCUCGCUAUAUUUUCUUGCAUGUUUCGCUUUUUCAAUGUCUCUGUCUUUGUCUCUCUCUCUCUCUCUCUCUCUCUCUAUGAAACUCUCUUCUCUCUGUUUCUCUAUACCUCUCUUCGCUUCCCUCUUUUUCUCUUUCUCUCUCUUUCUCUUUUCUGUCUCUCUGUUGUUUUCUUACUUUUUCUUUCUCAGCGUCAAUUUUCUCUCUGCGUGUCUCCCUGUUUAUCUAUCCCUCUCUUUAUCCAUUUGCAUAUGUCUGCGUGUGUGGAGAGGGGUCGUUACUCUGAAAAGGAAUUAA